AUGCGCACUUCUCGAGCUUCUAAAGAGACUGCGAAGGUUUUGCAGGCUUUGUCGCCUCCUGCUCGUCGACAAACUCGCAGUUCGGCUCAGGCUGCCAGUCUCCUUCAGGGCUUUGCUUUUGGGGGUGGCGGUACUGCCCCGGAUGCAUCUAUCAGUGAUGAUGAUACUUCUUCGCUCUCUUCGGUGCCGACGGUUGAUAUCGAGGAUAUCGUAGAGCCGCCGGCCAAGCGUCGCAAGAGUGCUUUGAGCAGUUCGUCCACGAGGACGAGUGCGCGCUCUACUCGGAGGGCUGUCAAAGCAGAGACUUCUGUAAAAGCAGAGACUUCUGCCAAAGAGGAAGCAACUAUCAAAGAAGAGCCGGUUGAGAAGCCGCAAAAGGCACGACGGAUGCCCGCGCGCAAGAUCAAAAUCGAGAAUGGUGGUUAUUCGAUGGAACCCCCGUCGAACUGGGAGACUAUGUAUGACAUGGUCAAGAAGAUGCGAGAGGCAAAUCCCACUGCACCCGUUGACACCAUGGGCUGUGCCGAACUCUACUGGCGUGCAUCCUCUCCGCGCGAUCGCCGUUUCCAGACUCUCAUCGCGCUGAUGCUGUCGUCUCAGACCAAGGACACAGUCACGGCAGUGGCCAUGCAGCGGUUGCACACAGAGCUUGGGGACCAAUCGACAACCAUUGUGAAGAAGGAGCCCGAAGAAUAUGACUGGAAGCCCACGGACCAGGUCAAGGACAGCACGUUGAACCUGGAGAACAUCCUAGCCGUCACCCCUGAGCGCCUCAACGAGCUUAUUGCCAAGGUGGGCUUCCACAACAACAAGACCAAAUAUAUCAAGGCCGCGGCCAUUAUCCUCCGCGAUCAAUAUGACUCCGAUAUCCCGUCGACUGCUCCUGAACUGAUGAAGCUCCCGGGCGUCGGUCCGAAGAUGGCGUUUCUCUGCAUGAGCGCGGCGUGGGGCAAGCACGAAGGCAUUGGCGUUGAUGUUCACGUUCACCGGAUUACCAACCUCUGGGGCUGGCACAAGACGAAGAAUCCCGAGGAAACUCGCAUGGCGCUGGAGUCGUGGCUACCAAAAGACAAGUGGCACGAGAUCAACAAACUCUUGGUCGGCUUAGGACAGACGGUCUGCUUACCUGUAGCCCGGAGAUGCGGAGAAUGCGAUCUUGCAGGAACGAAGCUCUGUAAGAGCGAAAUCAGAGGUCUGGUAACACCGAAGCGAGACGCUGCUGUGAAGCAGGAGGAGCCGAAGCUAACUCGGCCUCCGAGUGACGCUCACAUUCGUGCUGUCACGCGUUGUAUGCAAAUUAGUGUCAUCGAGGACGACAGUUGGGUUUCCGCUUUCGACACUCCGUCCAAUUGGCCAUACCCCGAUCUGGGAAUUGCUGAAGGUCUGGUCCUCAAAUUUGUCAAGAUGGAGGUCUCAAGGAGGGGCCCCACCUUGUUCGAUAUGCCAGAAAAUAUCAAAGAUAGAAUCAUGGAGUUCGCUGGCCUGCGUCGCUAUUGUAUUAUCGACUUUUCCCUGGAGCAAACUCGCACCAAGCGAGACCCGCCUCUGUGUCCGAAAACUGAAUUGCGAGCGCAUCGCGGCCCCUGGCUUCCGCUUAGCCGCUGCUACCAUCCAAAGCUGCCGACAGAGGUGUUCCUAUCGUGUCGCACCUUGCGCCGGGAGGCCGGUGUCUAUUUCUUCUCCCAAAACCGCUUCAGCACGUUUCUUCGCGGCCGGGGGGACUUUGUGCUCUUCGAAAGGUCGAUGAAAUGGGGCUUGGACUAUAUUCGGUACUUGCAUGUGGAUCUUGGCCAUAAGGACAACCGAUCGCUCAAGCUGGCUUCUGGUGCCCAUCAAUCCUUGUUGAAAUACUGGGAGGAGUUCUGCAAGCUCGCGGCAAGGGAGAUGCCGAAUCUCAGAUACUUCAGUCUCAAAUGCAAGGCCCGUGAGCAGGAAGUGGUUUUUCGUGUGAUGCGUGACAUGGAUCCGUUUCCCACCCUGUUUAAGUGUGCCUUUCAUUUCAGCAGUAGUCAGGAUAAGAUCUGUAGUUUCCUGCCUGUCAUGAAGCGCACGGCGCGCCGCCUGACGGACAAUCUUCAUGUUCCACCGUUUCCGUUCAUGUACCUACCCAAGGAACUUCAGCUGAUGGCGCUCGAGGAACUGCUCGUCAAUCGUUCUGAUCCAUGCAUGACCGAUCCUGCUCGGGGCGUUAUCGUCCUGGAUUACCGCGACCGUCUGCGAUUCAAGACUUGCUGUGGCACCUGCUCGCCGGUUGGAGGCAUGUGCUUCUGUGAUAGCACCGAGACGGUAUACUCGACGAGCUGCACCUGCUUCGCAUCGCCCCUGCGCUAUUUCCUGGUUAAUCGGGAGUUUCAUGAGCUCGCUCGUCAGGUUUUCUGGGGUCGCAACAAGUUUCUGUUCGUGGAGGAGGAACCGACCUACACCAUGGGCUUCCUGAAUGGCAUUCCCACGGCGUCGACGCUGCUGGUGCAGAACUUGACGUUUCACUUUCCCCUGUGCUAUAGGAGCGCACCGCUGACGGGAACCCGCUCUAUGGACUCUAGCCUGCGAUACUGGGCAGUUCUGCGCCGUUUCAUUCGGGAGCACUUUGAUCUUGCGCGCCUGAACCUGACGAUCAUCGACCAGGGCCGGGCCACGGCGAUGUACUCGAUGGAUAACCGCAAGAGAUAUCUGCGCCGGCUGCUUAUGUCGUUUGCCGACUUGAGAGGCGUGCGAGGUUACCGGGUGCAUUUGCGAGAUGACCGCGGAUUCGAGAGACAGGCCGUGAUGGCUGUCAUGGGGCGAUAGUUGCUGAUGCUGAUAUAGAUAGAAACCUGUCGUUUCCUUAGUCUUUUCUUUCUUAUGUUGUCCUUUGAUGGAACACAAACACUCAUCUCCAUGGCCAUGAUGCUUGAUGCAGAUAGCGAUGUUGAUGCACAUAGAUGCAUGUUGUGUUGUUUUUCUUUUUUUCUUUUCUUUUCUUUUCAUCUUCUUCUCUUGUCUUUUCUUUGACAGAACACGGAACACUUACCUCUCAUGGUUGUUGACUCGGCCUGACAUAUGGACGGUCGAGUCUGCCUUCAUCAUGAUGAUGAUUCAAGAUCAGCCUGAGCAAGCCUGAGUGUUGACGUGUCUGCCUAUCACAUAUGCAUGAUAUCCAGCAUCCAGCGACGUGACCUAGUUAACAUCAGCGAUUAGUUAGCAGAAAUAGUAUGCAGAU